GCAUUUGCAAAAAAGAAGAAGAAGGACCGGGAAACAGGGGAAGAAGAAGGUUUCCGUUUGCUCUACUGUUUACCAAGUCAAGAGAUGCAACGAGAAAAGACAAGCAAUGCGGCUGCCGCCGCUGCGGCCGCUGAGAAGCCCGACCGAGAGGCCGCCAUCAUGUCCAAAUACUACGACGGCGUGGAAUUCCCUUUCUGCGACGAGUUCUCAAAAUAUGAAAAGCUGGCUAAAAUUGGACAGGGGACAUUUGGAGAAGUAUUCAAAGCAAAGCACCGGCAGACUACGAAAAAAGUUGCCCUGAAGAAGGUUCUCAUGGAAAACGAGAAAGAAGGGUUUCCAAUCACAGCUCUGAGGGAAAUCAAGAUCCUACAACUGCUGAAACAUGAAAACGUAGUGAAUCUGAUUGAAAUCUGCCGAACCAAAGCCACUCAGUUCAACAGAUACAAAGGCAGCAUCUACCUGGUGUUUGACUUCUGUGAGCAUGACCUGGCCGGGCUGCUGAGCAACGCCAAUGUAAAGUUCACCUUGGCAGAAAUCAAGAAGGUCAUGCAGAUGUUGCUCAAUGGCCUUUAUUACAUCCACAGGAACAAGAUCCUCCACAGAGACAUGAAGGCGGCCAACGUGCUGAUCACCAGGGACGGUGUGCUGAAGCUGGCUGACUUUGGCCUGGCCCGAGCCUUCAGCCUGGCCAAGGGGAGCCAGGGGAACCGCUACACCAACCGCGUGGUCACCCUGUGGUACCGGCCGCCGGAGCUGCUGCUAGGCGAGCGGGACUACGGGCCGCCCAUCGACCUGUGGGGCGCCGGCUGUAUCAUGGCCGAGAUGUGGACCAGGAGUCCCAUCAUGCAGGGCAACACAGAGCAGCACCAGCUCACACUAAUCAGCCAGCUGUGUGGCUCCAUCACCGCUGACGUGUGGCCAGAGGUGGACAAGAAGUACGAGCUCUACCAGAAGAUGGAGCUGCCCAAGGGCCAGAAGCGCAAGGUGAAGGACCGGCUGAAGGCCUACGUCAAGGACCCGUACGCCCUGGACCUGAUCGACAAGCUGCUGGUGCUGGACCCGGGGCAGCGCAUCGACAGCGACGACGCGCUCAACCACGACUUCUUCUGGUCGGACCCCAUGCCGUCGGAUCUGAAGAACAUGCUGUCCACGCACAACACCUCCAUGUUUGAGUACCUGGCCCCGCCCCGCCGAAGGGGUCACAUGCCCCAGCAGCAGCCCAAUCAGAACCGGAACCCGGCCACCACCAGCCAGACUGAGUUCGAUCGGGUGUUUUAGUCGGGAGCGAUGCGCACCGAGAAGAAGAAAAAAAGAAACACACAAAAAAAAAAAAAAUGGACUGGGCGUUUGGACCGUUGCCCCCGGCGACGUACAGAAAGGUGAGGAGAGUCUCUCCCUCAAUGGAGGUUGGAGCUCUAGACACUGUGGGAGCAGUAGGGCAUCUGUUACCAUGACAACGUUUGCGCUGUAUUGUGGGGUUCUCUUUUCUCCGGGCCGUUUUUACCUUGUUGAUCCACAUGUGGAAGAGUCAACGCCAGAUAACAUAAAGGCUGGUUGUCGAUCAAGGAUGUAAACGUUGUCAUGAAGAGCCAUGGGCAACACACUGUCGGAGGAGUGGAGUAUAGCUACAUGUGGUCCUCUCCAGUCUGACUCUUUACGUGUGUCGCUCCGAUUCCCAAGUUAUAGUGACGUCCUCCCAGUGUUACCGUCUCAUUAAAAGAUGAUCCCGUUUUCUACAUCAUUCAUCUGGAAUUGUGUGUUUAGCCCAUGAAAUGACCUUUUAUGAAAUAUUGGUACAUUUAAAAUGUGCAUGUGACCUGCCCUGCAGACUGCUAUGUCCUGUUUUGCCCCUGAUCCGAUAAGGCAUAACUCAGAACUGCCGCAAUGACUGGAUGUGUUUGGCAAUGGCUACUGCUCCAACGGGAACCAAGCGGUCGACAGCGUUUCCUUAUUAGUUAGAGGGUGGCCCAACUCCUUUGUUCUAAGGCUGGUCCACUGAACAAGGGGUAUAGGCCCAUACUAGUUGGCCAUAAGCCCUUAUUAAACAGCACACCUGAAAAAUGAAGUUAAGAAGUUUUGUUGCUAACUUUUUAUGCUGCAGAAAAUAUUCUUAUUAAAGAAUCUCAGUCAGUUCA